ACUUGCUCUCACCUCCAAUUAAACCAUCUUGAAUGCUUCUCUCUCAUCCUUCUUCUCUUCUCUCUCUCUCUCUCUCUCUCUCUCUCUCUCUCUCUCUCUCUCUCCUAAAAUGCUCGCUGCACUUGAACAAUUCCCUCACAUAUUUCUCUGCAAACUUUCUUCUGCAGAUAUUUAAUUUCCAGCAAAUUAAUAAGAGGGCCCAUUUUAAUUCCUAAUACAAAUUUCUUUUUUCGCACAAAAUGUUGCUGUGUUGUUAUUCAGUAAUAAAGAGAUGGUUCUCCGACAGUUCGUCUUGGUUUCUCGCUGUCGGGAUUGUGAAGAAAUUUGCCGUGGCUAUUGUAACUUGCAUGUUCGCUUUAGGUGGAGCUAUAAUCGGAGCAAUAAUCGGAGCAAUCAAAGGCCAGACAACGGAAACCGGCCUCUCACGCGGGUUCGGUGUCGGUGCAGUUGCAGGGGCCAUUACUGCCGUCCAAUUGAUGGAGCUCAUAGCUAAUGGAGAGCCAUUUUCCAAGGUUGCACUAUUACGUAGUCUGGUGAACGGGAAGAUAUUUACAGAAUGGGUUAGCACUACAGAAAUGAAUUCGAGCGAAAUCUCCGAUACUUUUGACAUCAAUUUUACAUGGGGAUUAUCUCAAGAUGAAAUCGAACAGUUGCCAGUUGAUGAAUUCAUAAAUGACGAGACCACCACAUUGUUUUCCGAAACUAGUUGUCCCAUUUGCUUACAGGAUUUGAAGGAUGGAGAAGCGGUGAGAUUUCUGCCGAACUGUAAACAUCUUUACCACCUUUGUUGCAUAGACGAAUGGCUUAGCCGACAAGGGAACUGCCCUAUAUGCAGAAAACGUGUUUGAUGAAGAUGAAGAGAAAACUGAAAAAAUUUAAGAAUACAAAGAUGCUAAGUUGGAUUUAUAAUUAAAUAUGUAUAUAUCCUUUUUCAUGGUUACAAUAUUUAUAGGAAUUGUAUGUAUGUUCAAAAUCAAAGGGGACUGGUUUCUUUGUAUCUUCUGUAAAGUUUACAUCAAUAUAAUCGUAAGUUUUUUUGUUGAA